GAGAACGAGAAGCUGGCUGAUGAGCUGGAGCAGAAGACUGCUGAGAAGGAGAAUCUUGCGGCAGAGAACGAGAAGCUGGCUGAUGAGCUGGAGCAUAAGGGUGCUGAGAAUGAUAAGCUUGCAGCUGAGAAUGAGAAGCUGGCUGAAGAACUGGAGCAGAAGACUGCUGAGAACGAGAAUAUUGCCGCAGAGAACGAGAAACUGGCUGAUGAACUGGAGCAGAAGGCUGCUGAGAAUGAUAAGCUUGCAGCUGAGAACGAGAAGCUGGCUGAUGAACUGGACCAGAAGACUGCAGAGAACGAGAAACUGGCUGAUGAACUGGAGCAGAAGGCUGCUGAGAAUGAGAGGCUUGCAGCAGAGAGUAAUAAGUUGUUGGGAGAUGUCGAAAGAGUUACAGGUGAAAGUAAUAGGUUGCAGGAUGAGUUGUUGAAACAGGGUGAUGAAUUGAAGAACUUAUCUGAUGUUAAUAGAGAGUUAAGAAAUGAUGUGGAACGUUUGUCUGCCGACUGUGAUAGAGCGGCUGAAGAAGUGCGGGCGAAAGGUUUAGAAAUGGGUGUGUUGCAAGAGCAGUUGCAAGGAAAAGUUAAUGAUUUGGAGAGGGCAUACGAGUCCUUAUCUAAAGAUAAAAAUGACACUGUUGAUGCUCUUGAGAGUGAGCUAAUGGAUAUUCUUCUGCAGUUAAAGGGUUUGAAUGGUGUGAAUGCCGCAUUGGAAGCACUUAUGGCUGAUAAGGAGAAGGAGUUGACGUUCUUGCGUGCGCACUGUGAAUUGUGGACGGACCCAACGGAAGUGAAGGAGAAGGUUGUUACACGACACGUUAGGGUAUUCGACGGCAAUGGAUGGGAAAAGUUGUUGAAUGAACGCCCUGAAGCUCUUAUGGCAGCCUUUGUCAUUGAUGCCGCUAAUGCGUGCCACGUUCCAGGUGACCAGAUUAAACAAGUUUCGUUUUUCCCUGACAAUGAGUGA